CAACGGGUUACCAACGUUUUGAUGAGUCAAUUCAUUACGGAGCGUCGCGAGCAAUUUCAGGAGCGCCCUUUAUUGGGACUGCGGUGUCACCUAGUGGCUCUCGUGUAUCAUUGCGGCUCACUUUUCGAAACGGCGCUGCCGCAAUCUGUAUUUACUGGCGCCACUUAAACAAAACGAAUCCUGUUUGGCCUUUUAUUAUGGACUAUAGCGUGUCUGUUUGUCGCUAAAGUCGGGGUUUGUCGUAAACUACUGCAACAGUUGUAUGGAGCGUCGCGCGGUGAUGACGAUAGCGAUACACUGUAUAAAGCGUCAGCUUGGAUUACAACUCCAAAUCGACGGGACGGGAGGCAGAAAUGUUUGUUAAAGUGCCACGGCAUUUGAGAAUGAAAGGCCCGACAUUCCGGUUGUGGCAGUAACUCGACUCCUCCUGGAGGGCGGGGCAGCGGGUCUCGAGGCCGACUGUCGUGAACGCGCCCGCCAGCUCAGGCACGCAGGCACCCGGCGCGCGGCCACGCCACCGGCCAGGGCUCCCCCCCCCCCUCUUCUCCUUCCUGUUGUUCCAACUCCAUUUUCCCCCUCUCCAAAUUCCACCUUGACCGCCGACGACGCCCGUAACUUCGGCGGAGCGCCGAAGGUCGCCGCCGCCGCCGCCGCCGAGUCUUCCGCUCGGUCGUCACUUUUCAACCGGACGGUGACGUCAGCUCCGUCGGAUCGCGCGCGGAGAUGGCGGGCGCUUCAGUCAAGGUGGCCGUGCGUGUCCGCCCGUUCAACACCAGGGAGACGGGGCGCAACGCCAAGUGUGUCAUCCGGAUGCAGGGAAACACCACCUGCAUCGUCAACCCCAAGCAGCCCAAAGACGCCGCCAAGAACUUCACUUUUGACUACUCCUACUGGUCGCACACCGAGGCGGAAGACCCGGCCUUCGCCAGCCAGCGUCAGGUCUACGAAGAUAUCGGCGAGGAGAUGCUGCUGCACGCCUUCGAAGGUUACAACGUCUGCAUUUUCGCGUACGGCCAGACGGGGGCGGGGAAGAGCUACACCAUGAUGGGCAAACAGGAAACUGGGCAGGAAGGCAUCAUUCCUUCACUGUGCGAGGACUUGUUCCGGAGAACCGGGGCCAACACCGAUCCCGAGCUGAACUAUUCCGUGGAGGUGUCCUACAUGGAGAUCUACUGCGAACGCGUUCGGGAUCUGUUGAACCCGAAGUCUCGGGGGACCCUGCGGGUGAGGGAGCACCCCAUUCUUGGGCCCUACGUGGAGGAUUUGUCCAAGCUGGCUGUGACCGGAUUCCCUGAUAUCCGAGACCUGAUGGAUGCUGGGAACAAAGCCCGGACGGUGGCGGCCACCAACAUGAACGAGACCUCGUCGCGCUCGCACGCCGUUUUCACCAUCGUCUUUGGCCAACGCCGCCGCGACGCCGUGACCCAACUGGACACGGAAAAGGUCAGUAAAAUCAGUCUGGUGGACCUGGCGGGAAGCGAACGCGCCGACUCUUCGGGGGCUAAAGGCAUGCGACUCAAGGAAGGUGCUAACAUCAACAAGUCCCUCACCACGUUGGGAAAGGUCAUCUCCGCCCUGGCCGACAUGCAGAGUAACAAGAAGCGGAAAAGCGACUUUAUUCCGUACAGAGACUCGGUGCUGACGUGGCUUCUCAAGGAGAAUCUGGGCGGAAACUCUCGCACGGCCAUGAUCGCCGCUCUGAGUCCCGCCGACAUCAACUACGAAGAAACGCUCAGUACUUUGAGGUACGCCGACCGAGCCAAACAGAUCCGCUGCAACGCCAUCAUCAACGAGGACCCCAACGCCAAACUGAUCCGAGAGCUGAAAGGGGAAGUGGAACGACUCCGGAACCUUCUUUUCGCCCAGGGCUUGCACGAGCUCAUCCGCAACCAGGCCGACAACAACGGCUCCUCCUCAGGAGGCGGGUCCUCCCCGCCGACCGUGGCGGCCCACGAAACGGCCCUUCCGAAAAUUUCGGUCGACGCGUCUGCGGAUGUCCGUCGUCUUCCGGUCGAAGAUGAGGAGGCGGCGGCGGAAACCAUCAGUAAAGAGGAGGCGGCCGAGCGACUCCUGGAGACGGAAAAAAUCAUGGCCGAGCUCAACGAGACUUGGGAGGAGAAGUUGAGGAAGACGGAAUCCAUACGUUUAGAAAGGGAGUCGCUCUUGGCCGAGAUGGGCGUGUCCAUUAAAGAAGACGGAGGGACUCUCGGUGUCUUCUCUCCAAAAGGGACCCCCCACCUGGUCAACCUGAACGAAGACCCUCUCAUGUCCGAGUGUCUCUUGUACUACAUCAAGGAAGGAUUCACCAGGGUGGGACAGCAGGACGUGGACAUCAAGUUAUCCGGUCACUUCAUCAAGGAGAUCCACUGUGUGUUUGUGAGCGAGACAAACGAGCAGGGAGAAGUGGUGGUGACCCUGGAGCCGCUGGUGGGGGCGGAAACCUACGUCAACGGGAAGGAGAUUACCGAGGCGGUGGUCCUCAAGCAAGGCAACCGUAUCGUGAUGGGCAAAAACCACGUGUUCCGCUUCAACCACCCGGAGCAAGCGAGGCUGGAGCGCGAGCGAAGCGUCACGGCCGAACAGCAGGGGGAGCCGGAGGACUGGACGUACGCUCAGCGCGAGCUCCUGGAGAAGCAAGGCGUGGACAUCAAAUUGGACAUGGAGAAAAGGCUUCAGGACAUGGAGACGCAAUACCGCAAGGAGAAGGAGGAAGCCGACCUGCUACUGGAGCAACAGCGGCUGUACGCGGACAGCGAUAGCGGCGACGAUUCGGACAAACGCUCGUGCGAGGAAAGCUGGCGACUGAUUUCGUCCCUCAGAGAAAAAUUGCCCGCCAACAAGGUCCAGUCCAUCGUGAAGCGCUGCGGUCUUCCGAGCAGCGGCAAGCGGAGGGAGCCUCAACGUGUUUAUCAGAUUCCUCAGAGGAGGCGAAUCAGCAAAGACCCAAAGCGCGUCACCGUGGAGGAUCUCCGCUUGCAGGCCGUCAAGGAGAUCUGCUACGAGGUGGCUCUGGGGGACUUCCGCCACUCCCGGCAGGAGAUCGAAGCGCUGGCCAUCGUCAAAAUGAAGGAACUGUGUCGCAUGUACGCCAAGAAGGACGCCAACGAGAAGGACAACUGGAAGGCGGUGGCGCAGGACGUGUGCGACACGGUGGGCAUCGGGGAGGAGAGGAGCCCCCCCUCGGAGGAGGGCGGCGGGGACGCGAGCGAAGGCGGGAAGGCCUACGACCUGAAAGCUCACAUCGACAAGCUGACCGACAUCUUGGAGGAAGUCAAGCUGCAGAACAACAUGAAGGACGAGGAGAUUAAAUCGCUGCGGGACCGAAUGAUCAAGAUGGAGAGCGUCAUCCCCGUCAAGGCGGAGGGCACGGCCGAUCAGAACGAGCGGGCCGACGGCGAAGAAGGCGGCGGCUCGGCCCCCCAGACGGAGGACAGAGUGCAGCGUCUCAUGGACGAGGACCCCGCGUUCAGGAGAGGUCGCCUCCGCUGGCUGAAGCAGGAACAGCAGCGCUUCGUCAACCUACAGCAGCAAAACUUUAGCAAGAAACUACGAGGCCUCAACCAAGGCGAACAAGGUCAAACCGUGCACCUCCCCGGGACGGGCCGCUUCAUCCCGCCGCAGGACUGCAAACUCAAGUUCCCGUUCAAGAGCAAUCCGGCGCACCGCUUCUCCUGGGGACCGGCCAGCGCCGCCCUCCAGGCAUUAGGCCUGGGAGACGGGGGACUCCCGGGGGAGGCGGGGGGUGGCGCCGACGGAGGGGCGGGGGAGGAGAACCCGCCCCCGCCGCGCGUUCGCAGCCCGAGUCCGCAACGCGCCUGGCAACAGCGAGACCGGCAGCGGCCGCGUUACCGGCGAAACUCCUUCGACGGCUCCGCCCACGGCAACGGGGGCUACGGCGAGCAGCACCAAAGGGGAGGGGCUCACCAAGGAAGAGCCAGACCGAGGAGGGGGCCGUCGCCCGGGCCGGGCGGACACCGGGGGGGGAGCGAGGCGGCUUUCCAUUACAACCGACAUCCUCCUCCUCCUCCGCCGCCUCACCACCAUCUUCAUCAUCCGUACUUCAAUGCCCACAAUGCACCAUUCCCAAACUACCACGCCGCGCCGCCCCCUCCUCCGCCUCAAAUCCUCUUGGGCCCGCCCUUGCCCGGGUGGGGCUUCGCCGCCACGCCGCCGCCCCGCAUGAGACGACAGUUCAGCGAGCCGGACCUCGACGACCACCGAGCCCCCUCUGACCUCUGACCUCUCCUGUAAAAUGAAAUGCUUUCUCGGACGUCUAGUGCCGAGUUAAAAAGUUCACUUCGACGUAAUUCCUUGACGCGACUUUGAUUUGGUGGUCAAAAAAAGAGACGGUGAAUUUUUCAAAUCGGGAGGGAUUACUGCUGUUUUUGUAUGUGCGCGUUGCCACGGAAACGGUCCUUUCGCGACUCGACGGUGGUCACGCCGGCGUCACAUUUGCGCCUGCUGUAAGCCGGUUUAUUUUUUUGUCUGUAUUUCAGCCCGGGAGGCGGGUUGCGUACGAUCGGGACAGCGGACGCCAGCUUCCAAAGGUAGCGCGUGGUCAAACCAAAGAUGCUGAUAGUAUUUUUUUUUUUCGUGGUUUGCGUACGUUUGAGGUGGAAACUUUGAAAGUCGGGAAGAUUGCGGGAAUGCGAAAGUGAAGCUUUUAGAAGGACCUUUCAUGAAAACGGAAUUAUUUUGGGGGAGAUAAACAUUAAGUCGUAGAUUUAGUUUUUUUCUUUUUUUUUUUUUUUUUAUUUGGUGGCCAUCUUCCACGUUAGCGUACGUUUAUGCUAUGAUAGGAAACCAUGACCAUUGUAACCUCCCUGUGUGCUUUCUAACCUCAUCCGCACUAUUCUUAUUCAUUUGAUGAUGAUUUUUCUUUUUUGAGCGGGGAUUUUCUCGGGUGCUGCUUUUCAUUUAGUGAAGUUUGACUUCUAUCAAAGCUUUUGUUUUGUCAUGGUCUCUCAACUUUUUCCAGUCACCCCGAAAGACUGGACUUCAAUAAACACUACAGCCGCA